AUGUCCGAAGGUAUGCAAAUAGAUUCACCAGUCCCAGUUGCUGAUGCAAUUGAUGAGGGCUUAUAUUCCAGACAAUUGUACGUUUUAGGUAAGGAGGCCAUGUUGAAGAUGCAACAAUCCAAUGUCCUUAUAGUUGGAUUGAAGGGUUUAGGGAUCGAGAUUGCUAAGAACGUGGCGUUAGCCGGAGUUAAGUCAUUGAGCUUGUACGAUCCUAAUCCCGUAGAAAUGGCAGAUUUGUCGACCCAAUUCUUUUUAUCUGAGAAUGAUUUGGGUAAACGUAGAGAUGAAGCGUCAAAGCCUAAAUUAACCGAAUUGAACCAGUAUGUUCCCAUUUCUAUUGUGAAUGACUUGUCUGAACAAGUUUUGGGCAAAUUCAAGAUCAUUGUCACUACUAAUGUGUCGUUUGAAGAACAAGUCAGGAUCAACGACUUCACACAUGCCAACGGGAUUGGUUAUAUUAAUGCAGAUCUUAGAGGUUUGUUUGGUCAAUUAUUCGUUGACUUUGGGGAUGAAUUUACCAUAGUUGAUACUAAUGGAGAAGAACCUCAUACUGGUUUAAUUUCUGAUAUAGAACCAGAUGGUACAGUCACUAUGUUGGGUGAAACAAGACAUGGUAUGGAAGAUGGUGAUUAUGUUAAGUUCUCUGAAGUGGUUGGUAUGCCCAAGAUUAACGAUGGAACUCCUUUUAAGAUUAAAGUCUUGGGUCCUUAUGCUUUCAAGAUAAAGUUGGAUGAAGGUGUUGAUUAUGGUAAGUAUGAAAAGAAUGGUACUUACACUGAAGUCAAAGUACCUACGACCAUAAACUUCAAGAGUUUGAAGGAUCAAUUUUCAGACCCAGAAUACCUUAUUUCAGAUUUUGCAAAGUUUGAUAGACCAGCUCAAUUACAUUUGGGUUUCCAAGCAUUGCAAGGGUUCCAAACUAGACAUCAAGGAAAAUUACCCAAACCUUAUUUUGAAGAAGAUGCCAAUGAAGUGGUUAAGAUCGCAACCGAAUUGGCCACUUCAUACCCUAAAAUUUUAGGCGAAGGUGUCUCCAUUAAUGAAGAUAUUAUUAGGGAAUUGGCAUACGAGGCCACUGGUGAUAUUCCUGGUAUGGUAGCUUUCUUUGGUGGGUUGAUUGCUCAAGAAGUGUUGAAAUGUUCUACUGCUAAAUUCACUCCAAUCAAGCAAUGGCUCUAUUAUGAUUCUUUAGAAUCAUUACCUCCAGCCAAGGAGUUUCCCAGAACUUUCGAGAACAAUAAGCCAACUGGGUCCAGGUAUGAUGCGCAAAUUGCUGUUUUUGGUAAAGAUUUCCAAACCAAGAUUGCCAACUUGAAGGUUUUCUUAGUUGGUUCUGGUGCAAUUGGUUGUGAGAUCUUAAAGAACUGGGCUAUGAUGGGUUUGGGAUCAGGUCCUGAAGGUAAUAUUAUCAUUACCGAUAUGGACUCCAUUGAAAAGUCGAAUUUAAAUAGGCAAUUCCUUUUCAGAUCUAAAGAUGUUGGUAGGAAUAAAUCAGAAGUUGCAGCAACUGCUGUUGCAGCCAUGAAUCCUGAUUUGAAGGGGAAGAUAGAAUCAAGGUUAGAUAAGAUUGGGAAAGAAACGGAACAUAUUUACAAUGACGAAUUCUGGAAUGGUCUUGAUUUAGUGACUAAUGCUUUGGAUAAUGUUGACACCAGAAGAUAUGUGGAUUCUCGUUGUGUCUUCUAUUUGAAGCCAUUGUUGGAGUCAGGUACUCUUGGUACUAAAGGUAACACCCAAGUAAUUGUUCCCCACCUAACUGAAUCUUAUGGUUCCUCUCAUGACCCACCAGAGAAGUCUAUUCCAAUUUGUACAUUAAGAUCAUUCCCAAGUAAAAUCGAACACACCAUUUCAUGGGCAAAGGAUAUUUUCCAUGAAUUGUUCACGGGUACUCCCGAAACAGUUAAUUUAUACUUGGGUCAACCCAAUUAUGUUGAAGAGAAUUUGAAGGAACAACACGAUAUCAAGCUGACAUUGCAAAACAUUGCCACUUAUUUGAAUGAACGUCCUUACACAUUUGAAGAUUGUAUCAAGUGGGCAAGAAUUCUUUUUGAGAAGAGAUAUAACCACGAUAUCAAGCAACUUUUAUAUGUCUUCCCACCAGAUUCUACAACUGCUCGUGGAGAACCAUUUUGGACUCCACCCAAGAGAGUUCCAGUUCCUUUAGAGUUUGAUAUCAAAAACCAGGAUCACCUUAACUUCAUUGUAGGAGGUGCCAACUUGUUGGCUUAUGUAUAUGGUUUGAAAGACCCCAGUGCCACCAUUGAUGAUUAUGAAAGAGUGUUGAAGUCUGUUGAUGUUCCUGAAUUUAUUCCUCAAUCUAACUUGAAGAUUGCUACAAAUGAUGCUGAAGCUGAGGAAGAAGCUAAAGCUGCUGGGCCAACCUUGGAAAGUGAUGAUGUGAAGAAGGUUGCCAACACUUUGCCCAAUCCAUCUUCAUUGGCUGGCUAUAGGUUGAACCCUGUUGAAUUUGAAAAGGAUGAUGAGACCAACCACCACAUUGAAUUUAUUUCUGCGGCCUCAAACUGUAGAGCAUUGAACUACUCUAUUGAGACAGCAGAUGCUUCCAAGACAAAAUUCAUUGCCGGUAAGAUCAUUCCUGCUAUUGCCACAACUACAGCUUUAGUUUCAGGGUUAGUUUGUUUGGAGCUCUACAAGGUUGUUGCUCAACAUAGUGACAUUGAAGUUUACAAGAAUGGAUUUGUGAACUUGGCACUUCCAUUUGUGGGCUUUUCUGAGCCAGUCAAGUCUCCUCAAGGCAAGUAUAAUGACAAGACAUUUGAUGAAAUCUGGAGUAAAUUCGAAAUAGAAGGUGAUUUGACCUUGCAGCAAUUGUUAGACAAGUUUGAAAAGGAAGAAGGGUUGGAAAUCAGUAUGUUAUCUUAUGAUGUUGUGUUAUUAUAUGCUUCCUUCCAACCUCCCAAGAAGGUUAAGGACAAGCUUCCAAAGACCAUCUCCCAAUUGGUCAAGGAAGUCACCAAGAAGGAUAUCCCUGAGCACGUGAAGACGUUGAAUUUGGUUGUCUUGUGUUACGAUAAAGAAGGCGAAGAGGUUGACGUGCCUUACAUCUCUGUUAAGCUUUAA